AUGCCGUUUCACAAUGGGAAACCGCGGCUCUCACCGCUACCGUCGUACACAAACGCGGUCGAGGAGAAGCAACACUUGACCCAACGGGGCUCGGCAUGGACAACAGCAUUUUACGUCCCAUUUCCUUUGCGACCGGGCAAGCGUCUGAAAAUUGUCCUGCCCAUACCCCAAAGCAUAUCCGCCGUGACAUCGUCCCAGAUGAGCAGGAGAAAGGCAGUCCUCUGUAUUGCUCUGCUGUUCUUGACUUGGGUCGGCUUUGGCUUUACCGCAUGGUUCAAGCGACCUGGAGAGACAUGGAGACCUCCGCUCCCAGGUCCCCCCUCCACCCUCGUUUUCAGGCGGGCUGAUUUACAAAAGAUAUGGGAGUGGGAGAUCGCUAGCGGUCAUUAUCCUAGCGCCGGAGAAAUACCUGCCAAGGUUGGCAUCACCGUACCUCCCCCGAACCCCGGACUCCCAUCCGCAGGCGAGCCCAUCGUUGGGAGACCCAAGUCGUUGAGCAUGAAGUCCGCUCCGAUAGGCUCAGGGCCUGGUCGCCAUUAUCUAUCCCCAAAAUCCGAACCACCCAAUAUGCAUUUCCCACCCAGGCCGCCCCCUGGAGGUAUGGUUGAUCUGGAUGUCAUUAUGGAACACUGCAACUUUGCUACCAACAAGUACGUGAGGGAUUGCCUGGAGUUUAUGCGUAUCGGAACUGGGAUCGACGCCGACAAACGGUUCAGACGAGACAACCUAGAAAGGUACAACUUCAUCUACAACGAGAUCAAGGACAAAAACGCGUCAUCCCCUCCCAAAAACGCGCCCAAUGUGCCCCCCGCGGGAGUGCAUAACAAGUAUCCAGACGAUCCAGACGAGGGCCUUUCCUUCAAUAGCAAACACACUGAACAUGCGCUCCAACUUCCACCCCCUCGGGUCCCCACAGCCUCCAACGACGCGUGCAACCCUGACCACCCGCGUAUCUUUCACAUGUACUGGACCGGCGCAUUCACCGACAAGCCUUACAUGGCCCUCAUGUCUUACUUGUUUACUCAGAAUCUUGGUUUGAGCGAGGAACUUGGCAAGGCUCCGCCCCCGGGCUUGUGUCGCCCCGAAUUUUGGCUGUGGAUUAGCCCCGGACCGGCUGCGGCACCACUGAGCAAGACGGCGCUCAAAGACAUGUUUGAGGGUUUGAAGAACAGUCCCUGGGCUAGCCCAUUUCUACACCCGCGGUUCAAAGAUGUCAUCAAGUUCAAACUUUGGAAUACGACCGAGCAAUUAGAUGGCAUUCCCGAGAUCAAGGAUGAAUGGCGAGGUCUGGAGUCCCUCUUUAACUCGGGCGGAGUCGUCUAUAAGCCCAAGAAGCCUGCGGCGAACAGCAAUAGCAAUAACAGUACCACCACCGCCGCCAAGAUUAAAAAGGAUGGGAACGAUGUCAUGAACCGUGUCGGCUCGGGUUCUGCCCAGGAGUAUGACCGGAUGUCCACCAUAGUGUCAGACAUGGCUCGCUUCGUCUUAUGCCACCGCUUUGGAGGCAUAUACCUCGAUGCAGACACUCUCCUUCUUCGUGACUGGGAGGAGUUGUGGGGAUACAAGGGCGCAUUCGCUUACCGAUGGUCUCGACUGGAGGAGUACAACACCGCCGUCCUUCGUUUGAACCGCGGGAGUGCGCUGGGUACAUUCCUGUUCCGAACCGCACUGCACAAAGGCCUCGAUUUCCACCCCAUGACAAUCUGGCAGUACGUCAAAGACGCGGGACUGAAUGGAUUGCUGUUCCGCCUCCCGGACGCGUUGUUCGAUAGCGCAUGGUUGAAUACUGAAGACUACCAACGAGACCGACCUGCCUUCCCCUUCUUCACCGAGUUCGGCCAAUUCUUUGAAUCUCCGAAACAAGACAGUGCAGGGCCCAACAUGCUAGGAUUUGAGGGAUUCUUUAGGGGAGCAUAUUCAUACCACUACCACAACUCCUGGUGGGUGCCAUUUGACAGAACCCGCAACUACCCGGACCUCGGAUCCCGUUUCGCGGCCGGCGAGAAACUUGCAAAAGAAGAGCUCUUGCGCAAGGCCCGGGAAGCAUUGGCGCAAAAAGAUGGUGACCACAAAGCCGUGCAUGCUCCUCAUCUCGAGCGCUGGUCCCAAGACGAGGAUCAACCCGACUUGUCGUGGGCGACCGUAAUGAAGCGAACGUUUGAAGCGUUUAUUCGGGGCGAGAGGUCAAACGUGUAUGGAGAGUACAUCAAGUGGUGA